GAUGCUGACCGUUCUAAUAACUUUGACUGUGGUGAGAUAUGUAGCUACAAUGAAAAAGUUGAAAAACCAGGAAAAUAUUAUCCGUUUCUCAAGAAAACUGUCAACUGUGUAUCUAUCAUGGGGCGCAUGGCACUCAAUCCAGCAACACCAGUGUCUCCACCAAAAAGAAUUCCGGAUGAAAUGUUUGAUGCUUUUACUCAAAAUGGUGCCCUUCUGAUCAGAAAAUAUUGGUAUAUUAAUAAUACUGGCACUAACAAGCCUCAGCAGACCUUCACAGCAAAUGCAAUUGAACAGCUAAUACAGGAUGACAGGGAUGGUAUGAUUAUUGGAGGUUAUGGAGUCCCUGAACCUAAAAAGGCAAUCGCUAAAUAUAUUGAUGCUAUUAAAAACAACUAUGGAGUUGUGAUCGGUUCUGUAUCACCCUGGCUUGAAGCAUUAGCCCUGUCUGCUGGUGCAAAACAUAUUACAACAUUAGAAUACAAUAAUCAUUUGUUUCUCCAUCCUAAUAUAACCAAAAUCCAUCCUUAUGAUAUGGCUCACAGAUACCGUAGUAUUUCUUUCCUAGAGUUUGAUUUUGCAUUAUCAUUUUCAUCAAUUGAGCAUUCAGGUCUGGGUCGCUAUGGUGACCCUCUGAAUCCCUAUGGUGAUCUAGAAGCUGUUGCACAAGUUUGGUGCAUGCUCAAACCAGGGGGAUUAUUCAUUCUAGGGAUUCCUGAGACACAUAGUGUGACAUCUUGUAUGGAUUUUAAUGCUCACAGAGUUUACGGAUACAAUAGACUCAAACAUUUAACUGCAAAUUUUGAGGUUCUGGAUCAUUUCCUGGCAUUUCAAG